GCCAGAAACAGCCCCUCGGCUGCAGCUACCGGCACUUGUGCAGCCACUGCCGCUAUUGAGAUUACGUGAAUGCGCCCGAUUAUAUGCGUUUUUUUUUUGCUGAUUUCUUCGUCGGCGCCUCUCCAGCCGGUGCCUCUGUGUCACCUGUCUGUACUUAGAUAAGCGCAUCCGUUCAGGAAAUCCGCUGGAGAGCAGAAGAUGACAUUUGGAAGAAUUUAUAUAUCAACGACGACCUGUCAUUAGGUAUUUGCCGUUUUAUAUUACAGAGCUGUGACCGAUUCUUACGUGCUGCAUUGAACUAUGUUUCAUCUGGAGAGCAAAAAUCGACAAUUUUGCCUGACGCCUUUGCUUAACUUGUUAGACUGUUUCAUAAACAUAUUUUUAAAUUAGUAUUUUUCCAGUGAUUAAAGUAUUCUAGUUGAAAUAGUUGCGCCUUCUUUAUUUCUAUAAAAAUAUUUUGUACGGAAGAAUUUCUGGACUCUAUAUAUUAGUUGCGUUUAUUUUGCGGGUCUGUGCUUCACUAAAUAAGGUUAUUACAAUUUAUUCCGUUGGUCUCCCCUACCGGCUUUCUAAGAAAUAGGAGAAUAACAAGUCUUCACUUAAGAGGUGCCGAUGCACCUCCUCCAAUGGGGACUUCUGAAGGAUCUGGACACUGAAGUCAUUACAGGUUGCGAGAGGUUCAUUUUAAGAAAAAAGGAAGAGUACCACAGCCGCUACAGCCCCGACAACCGUGGAAAAAAAGUUGAAGAUCAUGCAAUUUCUUGCUGAAGUCCAUUGGAGUCUUGUGUCGGGAGGCAGCGGAGCAGGCAGGCGGGGGCAUCUGUAAUUCGCGCCCAGUUUUAUUAUUUUGAUUAUUAUUAUUUUUUUAUAUAAAUCCCCACACCCUGGAAUGAAGCACAGCGACAAUGUGUGACAGAGGUGUCCAGAUACUGAUUACCACGGUGGGCGCAUUCGCCGCUUUCAGCCUAAUGACAAUAGCAGUGGGCACAGACUACUGGUUAUAUUCCAGGGGCGUGUGUCGGAUUAAAGCGCCGGGCGACAACGAGACCAACCGGAAGAAUGAAGAAGUGUUGACCCACUCGGGGCUGUGGAGGACCUGCUGCCUGGAAGGAGCGUUCCGAGGCAUCUGUAAGAGGAUCGACCACUUUCCGGAGGAUGCCGAAUUUGACAGGGCGGAUUACAUACUGCGGCUCAGCAACAUCAUCGGGAUCAUCGUGUACAUUUCGGCCAACUCGGGGGACCCCAGCCAGAGCGACUCGAAGAAGACCUACUCCUACGGUUGGAGCUUUUACUUCGGCGCGCUGUCCUUCAUCGUGGCUGAGACCGUGGGCGUGCUGGCCGUGCACAUGUUCAUUGAGCGGCACCGGCAGCUGCGUGCUCAGUCGCGCGCCGAGCUUCUAAAGAAGCCUCCCUCCGGGCAGUCGGGGGGUCGCCACCGACGCCGCUUCCGCCGCCGGUCCAGCUGCCGCUCGGCGGAGGCCGGCUCCCGCGAUGCCUCCCCCACACGGGGCUACGCCGGGCCGGCCGACGCCGACAUCUCCAUGUACACGCUGCCCCGGGAACCCGGCAAGGCCGACGCGGACAGGGAGUUCCUGCAGGCCCACAGCACAGGCCAGAAGGACUACCAGGACACCCUGCAGCGAGAAAACCGCCGGACCACCCCCGUGUGA